AUGCUACAGGCAUUUAAUGACUACAUGAACACGAAACAACUUGCAAACACAAAAUUAACCAAAAUCACAGUUUCGAAUUUAAUCGAUUUGGUGAUUUGUGGCACUCCUGUUGAAGAUUGCUUCUUAGGCACUUGUGAUCAAUGUAAUAGUAUUACUCCUUCAUUAAUUCUAGGGCAUGAAUUGGGCGACAGUGAAGACGAUGAAAAAUGCUCUUGGUCUUUAUGGAAAACAUCUGAUAAGAAAGUUGAUUUACAUCAAAUAUGUGGAAUAUUCGCAUCAUUACUUGAUGAAAUCGAUGAAAAGUGGUCAAACUUCUUAAUUCACAGCUAUAUCAAUCGUGAGCAAAGAACCUACAUCAAUGAACUUAGAACUAAAUCAAGUUGUCAAUCUUAUGCCGUCGCACAAAUGGAUUUUGCAGAGAAUUACACUUUCUUAAGACAAAGAGAGGUACAAGCAGCUCAUUGGAAUUACCAACAAGUUACAUUGUUUACUGUUCACAUUAAAGUUGGAAAUGAACAUAAAAAUAUGGUCUUAAUCAGCGACUACAUGCGACAUGAUACAGUCUUCGUUCAUUGCGCUCAAGGUCGUAUAGUGGAUUUCCUGAGAAAUAAUUAUCCUCAAGUAACAAAAAUUAGUUAUUUAAGUGAUGGUGCUCCAGCGCACUUUAAAAAUCAUUCGAAUAUAAUUAAUCUUUUGUAUCACCAAGAUGAUUUCGCUAUCUUUGCGUCUUGGACGUUCUCUGCCAGUGGACAUGGCAAAGGUCCAUGUGAUGGCAUUGGUGCUGCUGUUAAAUCAAGUGCUAACCGGGCUGUACUUCACUCAAGUACAGUAUUUUUGUCAGUGGAAGAUUUUCUCAAAUUUACUAAGAAAUUCAACGAAGACUCUGCAAAGUCGAGCCAAAGAAAUGAACCACCAAGCAAUGUUUACUUUCUACAGCGUGAUGCUAUAGAGAGAAACACUAGAGAGUUACUUAUGGAGCGGUGGAAUAAAACUAGGGGACGUGCCAAAGGUAUUCGAACGUAUCAUCAGUUCGAUCCGCAAAAUGAUGGUUGCAUGUUAUGUCGCAGAACUUCAAACUCUAUGGAAACUGAUAAAUUUUAUCUACAAAAGGAACACAAGACAGAAGAAAAACUCUUGUUAUUACGACAAGUUAACACAUUUCAAGACAUAGCUGUACAGAACUUCGUGAUAAUCGAACACAAUGAUAUAAGAUAUCUUGCUCAAAUUCUUGAAGUCGAUUUGGUGAAAGAAAAUCUGCUGAUCCAAUCGUACAAGCCGCCGUUUCCAAUUCAAUCGCAUUAUACAAAUUUAGUAAAAUUCAGAAAAAAUCUGAAUAUUGAUUUACAAGACGUCAUAGCAUGUUUGUUAGUUGAACCGACUAUCGGUAAACGUGGACAACUGACACUAUCAAGGGAACAAUUUAUAGAAAUUCAGAACUUUUCAAGAUAG